AAGUACAAAAUGUGCAACAUGCUGUCAGACAUGUCGGAUACGACCGGACCGGGAACUGAUUCUCGAAAGUAUGCCAUGAAAUUUCAUUUACUCAACUAGGCCUUUUCUGUUGACCAUAUAGAAACCGGUACAUCGUUGAUGCAAUGUCGAGUUUCUUGUCAGCUAGUGAGAGUGGUUCUUCCACCAGUCCAUCAUUGAGCUUUCAGAUGGUCAUUAGUGGGAUUAAGAAGAUGUAUCCUGCAGUAAAGAAUAUUUCCACAGCGGAGGUGGAGGAACUCUUGAGACCCGAAGAGGCACAGUCAGGACUUGUAAUCGUGGAUGCAAGACCUGAAGCAGAAUACAAUGUCAGUCACAUCCCUUCAGCUGUGAGGAUUGAUCCAGGGAACCAGAACAUGGAUGAUGUCAAGAAGAUUAUUCAAGAUCAACUCGUCAAAGAUGAUUCAGCUAGUCUUGAUAACAAACCCAUCCAAGUUGUCAUGUACUGUUCUGUUGGCUAUAGAUCAUCGGCAUUGGCAAACAGACUGAGGCAAGCACUCAAAGCUGAGAAGGACAAGACAGAUACUGCUACAAACCAUUCAAUUUCACAGCCAACAGAACCCUCUAAAGAGAAAUGUCCAAGGAUCAGAGUCUUCAAUAUGGAGGGCUGUCUAUUCAAGUGGGCCAAUGAGGGCCGUCAGAUGGUGGAUGGGCGAGGCAACAUAACAGAGUUUGUUCACCCCUACAGUAUCAUGUGGGGUCAGCUGAUCAGUAAGGAUAUUAGGAGGUGGGAGGGGCCUCGUAUGUAAAUUGAGGUCAGUGUAUUGUCAUUGAAUGGAUUUUGAGUGGGUGUGGCCUGAUAUUUGAAGUCAGGUCAGAGUAUUUACUGGAUCCUUUGCAAUUUUGAAAAUGAUUAUUUUCAAACAACCUGAAAAUGCUGCAUAAAAUUUUAAGAAUGUAAUAUAUUUAUUGAUAAUGCCUUCACGAAUGCACUGCAAAAAAUAUGGUAUAUGAUUUGAUUUCAUAUUUGUCAUCAAUAGUAAAAUCUCUUCUUUGAUUUUGAACCACUAGGUAUUUAGGUAUCAUCAUAUAGAGCCUACAGCUCUAUAUGAUGAUGGGAAUGAGAUAUUGUUAUUAGGAUAGCUGUUGAUUGCACUUUAACUUCAGCUACAUAACAAUAUUAACUAUGAUUUGCCUUUACUGGGAAAAAAAUUACAGAAUACCAGUUUUCUUUUUUUUAAUGAUCAAAUUUGAAUAAUGGAUUCGACAUGUCAUUUUUAUUGUUUGAAAAAGUGUAGAGCAUAUAUGUUGAAGCUUGCAAAAUGUUAUAUGAUAUUCAGAACUGAAAUAGAAGUGUUCAGGAUUACUCAGGAAUAAUGCUCUGAAAAUGCUUGCAUGUUCUAUUGCGGCGUUGCACUAUACCUACAUACUGUAUGAGAUGUAGGUUUUGCAUGUGUUGAAAAGAAUAACCAAAUCGAGUUUCAGAGCGUAACCAUUGAUAUCGUGCAGUCAGUCCGCAUUGUAUACAUAAUUUCAAUUUAUUAAAGCAUACAUCAACAUCUGCAUGUUGGUAGAGCACUCAUAAUACAGAAAACUUAGCCGUCAUUUGUGGCAUUCUUGGUAAGAAAAUUCGAGCUCAACCCAACCCAAGAUGUAAAUUGGCAGUUUUCUUCUCUAGCUUGUUUUUGACGACUGUCAAGUGGUGAAGUUGCUUCUGUAGCUCCAAAGCCUUUGUUGUUCUCUUCAUUCUGAUUUGUUGAAGGACGUAUUUGACAAGAAGUUUUUCUGUAGAAAAACAACUUCCUUUUUGAUCCAGGUGGGUGUUUCAUAAAGCUGUUCGUAAGUUAAGAGCGACUUUAAGAACGACUGGUGGUCCUUUCUUGUGGUAAAUGGUAUAUACAUUGUUCAUGGUUUAGCGCGUAAGAACGGUUCACCAGUCGUUCUUAAAGUCGCUCUUAUCUUACGAACAGCUUUAUGAAACGGCCCACAGGACUUAAUAUGCAUUUCUACUGAAGUGCUUUUUUCCUCUUUGGUAUCGAUUUUUCAACAAUAGUCGAGAGAACCGCGGCAAAACUUCUUUGGUGCCUCGGAAAGAACACUCCAUGAUCUUUAGAUGGCUUUACGUUUGGCGCUGUCCGAGCUGUAUGCUGUUUCUUUAGUCUGGACUUCUGUCGUCUCUCCUGCUUUCUUCUCAGCAUAUACUAGUAGUUCUUUCCUCCUCUCGUUGACUGGCCGUUUUUUCUGCGUACUCAUGGCAGCCCUCUGUUUCCGUCUUUGUUCUUUCCAGAUAUUAGCUUGAGCUGAUUUCCCUUCCUUGUCCUCUUAGUUGCAGAUCCAGAUGACGUCCCAGAUCUGGCUUAAAUUAUUGUGGUGAUAACAAAUGAAGUUCAUUAUACUGACAUCAAGGUCAACAAAGAUUUAGUUUCACACAAAGGUGCAAAUUUCAUUAGUAGGUCAUUAUUAUGUAAUACAGGGAAAUAGGUUGCUCAAUCAUUAUCAAUAAGUAGAGUAAGUACAAUUUGUGAGAAUUCAUGUACAACAAUUAACAAUGAAAUACAACAACUAGUAACUCACUCCAAAUAGAUCAUCUUUUCAUAGAUGGUGAUCCAUACAUGCAUCCUCUUUAUGUUUGAACUUGAAAGCUUAAAAUGUUCAGUGAAAUCAAGGAGAUAUCACCUCUAACUCCUUGGUGAAAUAUAGCUGAAAAGAUAUCACACUAACGAUGCCUCUAGCUCUAUUUUUCAGUUAACUGUGUACCUAGAUCUUUGACCUCCAUUGGCGAAUAUCAAAUUAUAUCAUCCUUUAUGGUGACACAUUUCUAUUCUUCCAUUCUAGCUACAACAAAAUGACUACAAACUGUUUAUAGUCUACAAUAUAUUCUAUCAAGAAUGUUAAGCAAUUAAAAUGUUCAAAAUGGCAAUGUUAGAAAAAAGGUUUAUGCUAAUACACUAGCUGAAUUAAUCGUAACAGCCAGGUCAAUUUCCUUGCAUUAUUGAUUUACAAUUCAAUUGUCUUUACACAUAAAUGUUUCAAAAGGCAUCUAAAAAAAACAGGAUAAAUUGCAAGACACAUAAAAAAAACUAUUAUACACGGUAUACAUGUAGAAUACACCGCCUUUGCUACAUGUAUAUUGCCCCUAACCUCAAAUUUAGUUUGAUAGGAUAUUGACUUACAUGUACAUGUAUGAGCAGAACAUUUUUGACAUAACUAAACCAAAACUCUACUCUUUCUAGAGUUUCAACUUUACAUCACAGAGGAUUCUUAAUGUAUGACUACCUUGUAAUUGUGACGAACACCUGAAAUUUUAUGGGUUAAUCUCUGACAAUCAUCACCUUAGAAGAAAAUAGUCCUUGGGUAUUGCUGCAUCAAUACCUGGAAUUUCGCUGAGUAUUUGCUAUACAUACGGACGGAUGGAUAGGUUGAUGGCUCCAGGAUCAACUUUUGUGGUUGAGGCAUACAAAAUUUUCGAGCAAACCUUGUUCAGUUCGAAUCGUUUUCUGUAUUUGAUCACUGACCUACAUGUACCAACAUGAGAUAGUCCCCAAGGUACAAAUUCAGGCUGAAAUCAAACAUUGUCACUUUCCAUCUGCAAUUUAAAUGAGCACAAAUUAAAUCUUAUAUUAUUCCAAGGUGUACAAUCUCUGGAGGGUGGGGUGGAAAUACAAGCUACAUGUAUUAAUUAUGUACUAUAAAAACUAGCUUCCUAGGAAUGAAAUGAGACUGAACGGACUCCCACUAUAUGUGGUCUCACACUAAUACCCCUUGCAAUAACUAUGCAGAAUACAGUUUAUUGCAAUAUGAGAAAAGGACUGGACCAAAUUAAGUAGUUGAUGAUUUAAAGUUGUGCUAUACAAAGCUUAAAAAUAAACUUACCAAUGAAAUAAGACAUUCUAGGGCUUCAGCAUGAAGGACUUCUGCUCGGUAUUUGGUACUAUUCAAUUAAUAAACAACAUAGGAAAUAAUUACAUUACUUCCAUUGCACUUAUUGGAGCUGGAAAUCCCUAGCCCUCCAAUUUAAUGCAAAAAAAUGAGUGUAGUCCUUUCAUUUUCUCUGCUCCCAUAAAUGGAGGAGUAAAAUCACUCACCAGGCAACACUAAGGUUACUCCAAAUAACUAUAUUAACAUUCAUGAAACAUUUACAAAUUUGCAAAAGAAUUACAUGUACACGUAAACCAAUCCAUCACGAAUCUUGUACCACAAACACGUGUUAAUAAUUUAAUCUCAAAUCUUGUAUAAUAAAUGUCUUUCUAUCAAUUAUCAAAAUCCUCAAGUGACAAGUGCAGAUCUUUUAAAGGUG